UGCAGAUCCGCACUCCAAAGCACCCUCCGCCCCGGGCCUGGGCGGCCUCGGGGACACGAAAGAAAAGGAGGAGGGACCGGAGCAGGUCGGGCCAAGCCGGCCACACGCUCGCAACUUGCGGGGGAAACUAGUGCAGAGGGAGGGGCCGGGGCUGGGGCCGCCGCGGAGGAGGGGCGGCCGCAGCUGCAUCCAGCCGGGUUGGCUUCCUUCCCAGCUCUCCUUCGCCUCCUCCUCCUCUUCCUCCUGUAUGAGUCAGGCAUUUCCCGGAGAUUUGGAGCAGCCGCGCGCGGCCCGAGCGCCAGGAGCUGUAGCAGCCGCCGCCGCCGUCGCCGCCGCGCAGCGAGCCCCAGCGUCGGGUCCGUCUCGGUGGCUGGCUCCUGCGCUCCGGGCGCUCACGGACCAUGGAGAGGGCGGCCCAGGGCGCUGACAGCGGCGGCGGGGGCAGCAACAGCAGCAGCCGCAGCAGCAGCCGCGCCACCUCGGCGGGCUCCUCGCCCUCCUGCUCCCUGGCGGGCCGGGGGGUGUCCAGGUCGGCAGUGGCCGGGCUCGGCGGCGGGGGCAGUCGCAGCAGCCCGGGCUCGGCGGCCGCUAGCCCGUCCGGGGGAGGCGGCCGCAGGAGGGAGCCCGCGCUCGAAGGCGUGCUUAGCAAAUACACCAACCUCCUCCAGGGCUGGCAGAACAGGUACUUUGUGCUGGAUUUUGAGGCGGGCAUCCUGCAAUAUUUUGUGAAUGAGCAAAGCAAACACCAGAAGCCUCGAGGAGCUCUGACUUUAUCUGGAGCCAUAGUGUCCCUGAGUGACGAAGCUCCCCACAUGCUGGUCGUGUACUCUGCUAAUGGAGAGAUGUAUAAGCUGAGAGCUUCUGAUGCAAAAGAGAAACAGUAUUGGGUGACUCAGCUUCGCGCUUGUGCCAAAUACCACAUGGAAACAAGUUCUAAGAGUGCUCCAAGCUCCCGAAGCCGAAGUCUCACUUUGCUCCCCCAUGGAACACCCAAUUCUGCGUCUCCCUGUAGCCAGAGACACUUCAGUGCGGGGGCGCCCGGUGUUGUCACAAUCACGCAUCACAAGUCGCCUGCAGCUGCCCGAAGAGCCAAGAGUCAGUAUUCCGGCCAGCUUCAUGAAGUCAGAGAGAUGAUGAACCAGGUGGAAGGGCAGCAGAAGAAUCUUGUGCACGCCAUCGAGUCCCUUCCAGGUUCUGGUCCCCUCACUGCCUUGGACCAGGAUCUGCUGCUCCUAAAAGCUACCUCGGCUGCUACCCUCAGCUGCCUCGGGGAGUGCCUCAACUUGCUACAGCAGACUGUGCACCAGGUGGGCCAGCCCAGCCACAAGCCAGGGGCCUCAGAAAACAUCCUGGGAUGGCAUGGGCCCAAGUCACAUUCUACAGAGCAGCUGAAAAAUGGGACACUUGGCUCUUUGCCAUCAGCCAGUGCCAACAUAACCUGGGGAAUUUUACCAAACUCCACGGAAGAUGAACAAAGCUUACAGCCAGAGCCAGAGCCAAACUCAGACCUUGAAUUGGUUUUGUCUGAAGAUGAAAAAAGUGACACUGAAGAUAAGGAAGAGACAGAAUUGGGCGUCAUGGAGGAUCAGCGUAGUAUAAUUCUUCAUCUCAUCUCACAACUCAAACUUGGAAUGGAUUUGACCAAGGUGGUGCUCCCCACAUUUAUUUUGGAGAAGCGGUCCUUGCUGGAGAUGUAUGCAGAUUUUAUGGCGCAUCCAGACCUGCUGCUGGCUGUCACUGCUGGGGCCACUCCAGAGGAGAGAGUCAUCUGCUUCGUGGAGUAUUAUCUCACAGCUUUCCACGAGGGCCGCAAGGGGGCCUUGGCCAAGAAGCCCUACAAUCCCAUCAUCGGAGAGACCUUUCACUGCUCCUGGGAAGUGCCCGUGGACAGGGUCAAGCCGAGGAGGACUGCUUCUCCCUCUCCUGCCAGUGGUCAUGACCAGCCGAUAGGCAAUGACCCUUCCAAAACCUACAAACUAAGGUUUGUGGCUGAGCAAGUGUCCCACCACCCACCCAUUUCCUGCUUCUACUGUGAAUGCAAGGAGAAGAGACUGUGCAUCAACACUCAUGUGUGGACCAAAAGCAAGUUCAUGGGCAUGUCCGUGGGGGUCUCUAUGAUAGGGGAAGAUGGCAACUGCAGAACACCCAAGAUGAAACCCAGUGUUGGGCCUUCACAGAGAUUUUCCAGGCACAGGGUCUCAGCAUUCAGCACCGAUGUGUCCCUAAGAAAACACAACAGCUUCCUCUCGAGGAUCAGCCAGGACAAAGAAAUUCACACAGGUAGAUUCAUCCAUUUGUGAAGGAGGCCAGGGUCUCACCUGUCACCAGGGUGACCUCAGGCCACCUAGUUCCAGGCUUUCUCUGUGAUUCAGAUGGGAGUAGAGGGUAUGUGUGGGGGAGGGAUGAGCACACUCCUCUUUAAAUACACCUCACCAAUAAUGAAUAUUAUUUCCCCCCUCCCAUUUUCUUUUGUGGAAUGCAACAUUGCAACCAUUUUCGAAUCAUGAAACUCCCAAUGCCAAAUUGAUUUGUGUACCUUUGCCUGCUGAUGAAAAAAGGGAGUGAGGUCAGAAUUGUUCUCUCUUCUUAAGGAGGAGCUAUUACCAAUGAAAACUGGACCAUGGCGUCUGCAACUGAAAGAGAAUUUAUCCAUUUGCCAAGCUCCCCAGUUUCCAGCCGUGCUGUAGGGAACCCCAGGGCACCUUAGAGGGACUCAGGCCACAGGGUGGGAGAAGGGAGGGGGUGGUGGGGCUUCUGCUCUACCCCAACCCCACUCCAAUCUGGGCAUCUCCACUCUUACCUCUUUCCUGUUGGCAUCUGUGAUAAGGGUUCAUUUCAAAAUGGGUUCAGUUGCUAAAAAAUGCUUAGUAAGCCUCUGAUGAGUCCAGCUACCCUUCACUUUGCAGAUGAGGUGACUGAGAGAAGCAACUUGUCCAAGGGCCCGGGUGUAGCAUCAACCAAUAUACACCCCACCCCGCACCCUACCCCCAUCCCAGUUGGGAACUACACGGGAGAGGUCCUGGAGUUAUUUGAGGCACGGACCAUUUCUCAUUGACUCAUCUCUAACCAGGGGAUUAGGAACUGGAACAUGUGAAGGUUCAAGGAGCCACAAGAUGUCACAAGCCCAGGAAUAUAGAGUGAGGUAGGGGUGAGCAGGAAAUGGAGGACCAGGUAAGGGUGGCGGCUGGCCAGAGGAUGCUAGGGUUUAGAUAUAGCUCGUCUGUUUCCCUGUGCCCUGCCUCCCCGAAGCCUAGAAAACAAGCUUGAUUGAGGUAUGCUUCCAGAGGGGACGGGGUAGAGGUAGAAGAUUGGGUAGUUCUUCCAGGCCUCUCUUCGGAGCUCUGUGGCCACUGGGUUCCCUGGACUCAGCCUUCUCCCCAGAUCAAGUGACAGAGCUGACCCUGCACAGCACCCUUGGGUCAAAGCCGGGCCGCAGGACCCAACGAGUGUGUUCCCAGCCCAGGCCUUGGGCUCGUGAUGGUUCUGUGAGCUGUGAGGGCUCGGGUUUGAACACCUGCUCCCUUAAAUCUUAACUCUGUGUCUGUGUCUCAUUUCAGCAUCGCCCUGUCAGCAACAACUGGCACCCAACGUGGGGCACAAAGAACCGGACAUGGUCUAAGUGACAUGAAAAGCUUGGUUCCCCACACAGAGGCAUUUAUUUAGGAUCUUAGAAGUACAGUUCCAGGAGCACAGUUCUGGUAGCAGCCCAAAUCGUGUCCCAUCUUGGCAUUUCCAGGCAAGGGUUUUUAAAGGAAAUAAGAAAAUGAGACAGGUUGUUUGUGGAUGGUGGAUAUCUGGGGUACUCUGAUUGUCCUUCAGGUUAGUUAGUUAACUUGAGUUCUUUAUCUUGUGCCUUGUUGUAUGGUCUGGAUGCCCUUGGGGUUUUGAGGAAGGUUGUUGCUUGAGGCUUUGCAUGCUUUGGCAGUUUGAGCCCUCCAAAAUAGUAACCUCCAGAAUGACCUCCCAACUCCAUUUUAAAUCUCUUAGCCAUAGUGACUUUCUCUCUUUUAUCACCUUUUCACCUCCUCUGGAACUUUCCUUGUCUUGAGAGUGGUGAGGUCCUUUUAGCUCUAUUUCCCCCUACCCUGUCCCCUGAAGUCGACCAUCGUCUUCACUUUCUCUUGUUGGCAGCAGUUGUUGACUGUCUGGGUCUCUGUAGGAGAGGCCCAUGCUGUCUGAGGAUCUUAGCUCACCUUCUGGGCAGGCAGGGGCUGGAGCCUUUAGUUUACUUUGCACAGCCCCGGGCUUGAGGUGAGGUGCACUCGGAUGGUGGACAAAUGCUUCUGAUGCUACAGGUGGGAAAACAUGUAACUCGGUCUCCUGGGCCUCCAGAGGGAACCAUCCCUGAAGCAGAAUUCGGGUUUGCUGCUCACUUCUCAGUUAAUUAGGGUGCUGAAUUUAGUAGAAAGAUUUUGGAGACAGACUCUGGAAAGCCCCUCCCUGAGCAAAGCCCUUCCUGGCUGCCCACCCCAGUGGGCAGAUCUGGGCAGGGCCGGGGGUGGGGGGUGGGUGGCUGGUUCCUUCCCGUGUCCUAAGCAGUGGUUUUCACCCAGCCUUAGGCUUGUCUGAAUCCUUUCAGCAGCCACACACAAUCUUAUUUUUCACACACAAUGCUUCUAGGAGAUCCCAAACUUCAAAGCAGAAGGCUCUGGCUCCUUUACUGAGCGCUCCUGGGUGUGGGGUGGGGUAAGCCUGUCUUCUCCUGGCUUAUUCCCUGCACAGUCUAUGAAUUUGUUGAUUGGGUUUGAAGUAACAUUUUGUCCAACCUGCAUUUUACAAAUUGGAUCUUAGAGUGGUCCAUUUGAAAUUUUGACUGUAAAUACAGGGGCUUAUCUCUGAAAUUAUUGCCUUUGAGCUCUGGCAUAUUCGACUAUGAUAAAAUGCCAUUUUAAAGUGCUUCAUUAAGCCUUGAAUUCACUUGCCCUGCAGCUCAGAGACUGCCUGCCAUUCAGCAGUUUUGAUACUGAAAGCCUCUAAUUGAGACCCUGUUCAUGCAACCCCAAAACUUAAGUCCAUAGAAAAACAAGGGCCCCUCUACUCAUCCACCACCUUCUUGCCUGCCCCCCUCUGCUGGGGAGCCCAGAUGCAUUCAACUGCUCUUGCAUCCGGCUUCCCCCAGCCCCAGUCCCCAGGAUCAACGCCCAGUAAAUGGCACAGCCUCUUAUGUUGAGUCUGUGGAGAAAAGCAGUUAAUUCUAGUAAAGGAUGUGGCACGUUUGCAUGACACUUAGGAAUGGUGACACCACUGGUAUCUGCAGAUGUAUUCUCCAGAGUUACUUUCUGUGAUUCUAUACCCUUCAGAGUAAAUGUCCUCAAGGGAUAUUUUGGUUCCUUAGAUUGAGAUCAACUAUGAAAUUCUUUUAAAUUUGUCAGUUUGAAAAAUCUUACUGCUCUGCCUUAUAUUUAUUGGUAAACCAAUUUAAGGGAUUUGAAACAAAAUCUCCCAGUUUGAGGCCUAACCAUGGCAUGGAAGGAUUAUUUGGUCUUUUCUAGCUUUUCUCAGCUUUCGGGCCAAUUAAGAAGAAACUUUUCAUUUGUGAUCUCAUUUGUAAGUCUAAUUUUAUAUGGCUUUUUAUUCAUAUUUUGGACAGAUAUUUUUUAAAUCAAUCCUGAAAAAAAAGGAGCACUGAGGUGCAUAAUUACAGGUGAUUUAAUGAGUAAGCACACAUUUAUGGAAUUUCAGAAAAGAGCCAAGGGAACAAAUUAGCUUAGCUUGCUCACUGAGUUCUGGUGACUGAAGGGAGGUUUCACUUGAUUUGGAAGAGAAUUGUCUGAAGAUGAAUGGGAGGGGGAUGCUCUCUCCUAUGCAAAGCAUUGCAUUUAAAAAAAAUCUCUUUCCACCUACCUCUUCCUGUCCCCACAUGCAUACCAGACUUCCUGAUUUCCUCUUUAUUCCCCAAUGGAAAUGCCAUUGUUAAGAACUGAUCCAUCAAGAGAGCCUCUUUAGAGAGCGAGGGGUAAUUAGGAUAUAGAAUCUUCAGGGUUCUGAUGGCGUACCGGGCUGUGUGCCUUUAGCUGAGUUUUAAAAUUGCUUUUUCCACCCUUAGAGCAGCCCUGUGAGGUAUAAAUAGCAGUAUCUCUAUGCCACAGGUGAGGAAACUGAGGUUCAGAGAAGUUAAGAUCACCAGGCUGGUGAGUGGCAGAUGAUCAUCCCCUAAGAUCUCAUCCAGAUUAAAAAAAAUGUGGCAUAUUGUCCAUGUAAAUGUGUUAUAAAGAUAACACUAGUUGUACAGUCCUACCUCACAAAGUUUGCAUUUGUGCGAGACCAGCCACCACGUCCCUGGGUCUCUGAGCCUGUAGCCAGUACUCAAGGAACCAGGUGCCUUGUGGGUAGAACUGGGGCAGGGAGGAGCAUCUGAGGUGAACUUUCUUUAGCUUUUAUUUCUGGCUCUCAGCUGUGUUUGGCCUUAGCUGCUGUUUACCACAUGCUUUGGGUUGUCUUCUUAAGCAACCUAAUUUGAGGAAGGCAGACACAAAGUCGGCUUUAAAGCAAAGAAUAUUUCAGACUUGGCCAUUCUCCUCCAAGGGUUCUAAUCAGAAACUAUAAAGAAUGAAACACUGUCAUCGUAUUCUCCUCUCAGAUGCAAUGCUGUACUCUCACCCCUGAAAUGCACAGGGCAGGAGGGGGUUCAAGAGCCACCUAGGGCAGUUCUGCUUUCUGAGGCAUGGGAGAAGGCACAGUUAGCAUGUUAAGCUGAGAGCAUUUGGUGUCCAGUGACGUGGGUGAGUUCAUCUACAAGAGCAGUGGUCAGUUGGAGUAGGGAAGGCAGGGGGUGUAGAGGAGUCAGUUGUUUGUGCAUUUAUGUUGCCUGUAAUCAAUUAUAUUCCUGGCCAGGGAGAGAGAAGGAUUUAAAUGCGGCUGAGGUAUCUGUCCUCCAGGCCCGCUCACGUGAUUGUAACCCACAAGUCUGUUUUUCCUACACAGUCUCAGUUCCCACAUGUGCCCCUCCUAGUACGAGCAUCCCCACACUGGAGGUGAUCUAGAGCCCCGAACACAGAGCAGAAUUUCGUCUGUUUUACUGAGCCAGUGAUCUAUUUCAGUGGUGGGGAAAACUGACUUUGAGGGAGGUUGCUGGUUCCUGACAAGCCUAGUAUAUUCCGUAUACUGUAGCUCAUGGGCGAUUAAAAGAAAUUUUCAAGGGGAAACUGAAUUAUAGUUAAAUGCACCUUUCUAUUGACUUUAGAAACCAACAGUGUUCAUGACUCCUAUACAAAUUAGCCCCGUCUCUCCUUGGGCUCCCCUGCCAGCUCAUGUGUGCUGAAAGAUACACCCACGCCCACCCACCCGUGCAUGCACACUCACUCUCUACUGGGACCAUUCUAGCUCUAGUUGAUCUAGAUGCAUACCUAGCAGCUGAAGAGGGAAGUACUGAGCAGGCAGAUUACUUAACCUUUCUGAGUUCCAGUUUUCUCAGCCUUAUUAAAACAAUAAUGGUUCCUGCCCCCUAGGGUAGUUAUGAGGCUUAAGGGAGGUAAUGUGUGAAGCCCCCUAGGAGGGCCUGGCAGCCAGGAACUACUCACACAGGAGGAACCAGCAGCCCAGGGAGGGGAAGUCACUCACUGUCUCUGGCUGAAGGAUGGAACUCUCCUUCCUGAGGCUCACAGGGCCCUUGAGGAGCUGAAGUAGAGACAUGAAGACAUUUCUACAGGGAGCUAAAGCCCCGAGUGCCAGAAUGAGACAGCAAGAAGGUACCUUGUAUGGGAUAAAUCUUAGAGAGCCUGAGCGCUGGGUCUCGGGCCCCCUGCCCACCCACCUGGGCCUCUGUGUGAGCUGACAGUGCUGCCCCUGUGCAGUGGCAGUCCUGUGGGCUCCCAGCGUGACAAGCAAAGUGAAGACUGGGUUUCAGCCCCCACGCUGGGCACCUGAGAGCAGUGCACAAACUUCACAACUGAAUGCAGCAGCCCUGGGGGUUUGCACUUUUCUUUUUUGGAAGGGGGAGGUCAUAUCAGCCUUUGAGAGUUUGAUGGAAGCUGUGGCCCUUUUCCCUAAAACAAUAGACGAAUCAACAGAAUUUUGCAUUCUUUCAAGAGAUAUAACCUUUAUCGCAGUUACAAUUUUGCGUUUGUUUGGUGACUGUUUAAUGUCCACCUCCAAGCCUAAUACUUGUCUCCUAGGUGUGAGCCCCUGAUCUAGAGGGUGAGUGAUUUAGAACUUAAUGAGAACCGUCAAGUUGAAUCUGUUGCUCCCAGAGUAAACACGAAACUCCUUGUUCUGGUUUGCUAAAGCUGCCAGAAUGCAAAAUACCAGAAAUGAAUUGGCUUUUACAAUAGGGUUUGUUAGUUCACAAAUCUACAGUUUAAGGCCAUGAAAAUGUCCCAAUUAAGGCAUCAACAGGGCAGUACCUUCUCUGAGGAAAGGCCAAUGGCAUCUGGGGUUCC